AGUUGUGAUUUUACAUCAACAGAUGCACAGUUAUGAUUAUACAUCAUCAGAUGCAUAGUUGUGAUUAUACAUCAACAGAUGCAUAGUUGUGAUUAUACAUCAACAGACGCACAGUUGUGAUUUUACAUCAUCAGAUGCACAGUUGUGAUUUUACAUCAUCAGAUGCAUAGUUAUGAUUUUACAUCAACAGAUUCACAGUUAUUCCAUAUCAUCAGCAUGGGGCGACGAAACAGAUCCUGUAACAUCAAUCUGCAAGGUCUUCUGUGUCUGCUUUUUUCGUCUAUCUUUGUUGUCACCGCCAUUUCAUCACUUACACAGAGUGCGAGGCUAGCCCAGAUUAUCCAAGCUCAACGUCUCCAGCUUCAUAGUUCCUGCAACGUCAUCACGGGGACAGCUAAACAGACAAAGGAACAAGCGAGGACAAAGAAUCCCAAGGGAUACAUGGCACUGAAGGUGGGCGCUGAAUUCAUUCGUGUGAAGCUGUAUAUGGAAAAAAAGACAUGGGAUGACGCUCAGACCUCAUGUCAGGAGGAUGGUGGAAGCCUUGCGAAGUUGGACACUCGGCAGAUAGAGCGAAGUAUUGUGUCUCUUUCGGGGUUUGCUGCUGUAAAGACACUGGGGCCGUGGAUUGGACUGAGCGAUUUGUACGACAACGACACGUACUUCUGGACAGAUGGUACUCCAACCACUUACCUGAAUUGGCUGGACAGGCGUCCGUCCCAUUCAUAUAAAGGUCAAAAAGAAAAUUGUGUUAUCAUACAAUAUAGCUACCGAAGACAAGUAGUGGGAUGGAAUGACGUAUAUUGUUGGAACAAGGGAUCUUUUAUUUGUCAAAUACGAUCUGAGAAGUGACAAGAGGGACUUGUCUUCACAUUAUGGCGCGCAUGUCCUGUGUCACUACAGACGUUGUUAUAACUCAUGUCAGCACAACUGGGUUGGUUUGUUGGUUUGUUGUUUAAGGCCGCACUCAGUAAUAUUCCAGCUAUAUGACGACGGUCAGACUAUGUUUGCCGUCCCUGAAGAUCCGGGUUACUAUUGGUCCAUGAUUAUUACAAGAGGCAACUAACGGCAUUGGGUGGCCAGAUUCACUGACAUGGGUGAUGCAUGUCAUCGUAUCCCAAUUAAGUGGAUCGAUGCUCAUGAUGUCAAUAACUGGAUUUACUGUUCCAGACCCGAUUGUUUACAGAUUGUGGUCAUACAGCUGGUAUAUUGCUGAGUGCUGCGUUAAACAGCAACAACAACAACAACAACAAAAACACCUUAAUAACAUGUAUGUCGGUGUGUAAUAUGAUCCCUUAUGUUUUAUGUUCCAAAUAUAUAUUUAAACAAUCCUUCAUGGAUUAAUGUAUCCAGACAUUUUGUUUUUCACCAGAACUUUAACAUUUUCCUUUUUAGUUAGCUCUUUCACUGUUGAGACCUUGUCCCAGUUGUGCUGGACCCGUGGAGAUCCGGGGUAGAAUAGGUCUUCAGCAACCCAUG